UUCUUCCACGCACCACUUUCCCCGCUCCAUUUUCGGAAAAAGGACGGAGAAAAAGGCGCGGCGCUCCAGUGCCAUUCUGCGCCAAAUAGCUCUUUCUGGUUUCUCUCUCUCAUUAUUUGCGCUCGAAGUAACACUGCAGAGCACUAGUCGAGAAGAUCAAAGAAAAAUGAACCGGACAGGGUUUGUGGAGAUUGGCAGUAUAGAUGGAUUACCAAAUAGUUCCUCACCUGAAAUCAGGAAUUCAGCUCUUAAUCCAUUCUCCCAGUCCUCUACCUCGCACAAUUUUCUGCCAGAAUGCAGACAGUUUUGGAAGGCUGGAGAAUAUUCUGCUGGUGAUGCUCCUCGAUCAUUCUUGAAGACAUAUCAAAAUCGCAUGCGUGUCCAUCCCAAAUUUCUACAUUCAAAUGCUACUUCACACAAGUGGCCUUUUGGCGCCAUUGCAGAGCUUCUUGACAAUGCAGUUGACGAGGCAUGCAAUAGGGCAACUUCAGUCAUUAUAGACGAAAUAGCAAACUUUGGGAACAGUCACGGCCUGCUGAUUCAAGAUAAUGGAGGUGGAAUGGAUCCAGAGUCCAUACGGCGCUGUAUGAGUUUUGGAUUUUCAAAUAAAAAAUCAGAUUCAUUGAUUGGACAUUACGGAAAUGGCUUUAAAACCAGUACUAUGAGGCUAGGGGCAGAUGUAAUUGUUUUUAGUCGUUGCAGCAGAGAAGGGUCAAUUACUCGAAGUGUUGGGAUUCUUUCGUAUACUUUUCUGAGGCAAACAGGCUGUGAUGAUGUUCUAGUGCCAAUGGUGGACUACAACUUUGAUUCUUCGACUCAAAGAUUUGUGAGGAUGAUUAGUCACAGUGAGAAACAGUUUGGUGAUAACUUGUCUGCUCUUUUGAGAUGGUCUCCUUUCUCGAAAGAAGAAAACUUGUUAAAUCAAUCUGUGGAACAGUUUGACCAUAUUGAAGGUAACGGGACAAGAAUUAUUGUUUUCAAUCUGUGGCUAAACGAUAAUGGAGAUCCUGAGCUUGAUUUUGACACCAAUGAGAAGGAUAUUACAAUAAGCGGAACGCCUGAAGUGAUGCGUAGUUCUUGGUUUGCAAGAGAUUUGAAUGACAAGCAUAUAGGAAUUCGAUUUCAUUAUUCUCUGCGGGCAUAUGCUUCAAUCCUCUAUUUGCGUUUACCUUCAAAUUUUAGCAUUUUCUUGCGUGGCCAGCUUGUUGAUCCCCAUUAUAUAGCUGAAGAUCUCAUGUAUACACAAUGCAUCAAAUAUAAGCCACAAGUUGCCGGCACAAUAGAGGCUGAGGAAAUUGGGACUGUCAUUGGAUUCUUAAAAGGGGCUCCUCACCUCAACAUACAUGGAUUUAAUAUAUACCAUAGAUGCCGCCUUAUAAUGCCCUUUUGGCCUGUAGUUCAGAAAUGUCGAGGCGUUGUGGGGGUACUCCAGGUUGACUGCUUGAAACCUACACAUGACAAGCAGGGCUUUGAAAGAUCAGACAUUUUCCUUAAACUGGAAGCCCGCCUGAAGUGCAUGGCACUGGAAUAUUGGAAAUAUCAUUGUCAUCUGAUUGGUUAUAAUGCUGUUAAAGUUCCUUCUCCAACUCUACUACCGUUUGGCUAUCAAAUUUAUUCCCAAGAUGCUUUUCCUAAAAGAAGAAAGUUUGCACAGGAGGUCAUGAAAAACCCUAAACAACUACAACAUUUUGAAUUAUUUCAAAUGAAUUCCAUCGGCGGAGCUUCCCAGUUCCCAUCUAGCGCAGCUCAUUUAUCUUAUGAGGAAGUGGAUGCAUUGCAAGGCCAAAGAAGUUCCAAUUAUGGGGAAUGUUCUCAAGCAGUACUGCCAGAAAAAGAAAAUUACAGGGAAAAUAUAUAUCCAACUGAGGUGCUGAAGAAACAGUCCGUUACUGCUGGACUUGCCGCGCCCAAAAUUAAGCCUCAAAUUCAGAUUCAACAUGGUGGAAGGGACAGAAAGCAAGCACUUAUGGUUCAACGAAGGAAACAACUCAACGAACGGUGCAUGGAACUGGAGAGGUCCGUGGAAGAACUUACACUUGAGGAACAAAGACUCAGAAGCGAGCUUGAGGUUGUUAAACUACUUAAUGACAACUUAUGUGCUGAUCUUAAAUCCGUUGGGAACAUGGAUGGUUUGUAAGGUUUUGUUUGA